UUUAGUUUAAGAGGAAAGAAAAACUAAAACUAAAGCUGUCCAAUAUGCUAAGUUAGUAAAAAGUGUAUAUCCCUCUGAACUGUAGUAACAUAGAAAUAUGUCCAUCACCUCACAUUAAAAAGUACAUGGAGUUAAGUCUGACAGUGGGGCUCCAGGACUAGGAACAAGUGGUUCCGAUGAUGUCCGACCGACGUAGGACUAACCACUGUUAACCGACUGUGGUUGUUUGAGUAAUGAAAUGAAAGUGAAUUUCCCAUAAACUAGGGCUUUUUGAGGACAACCCCGGUUCUGUGACGUGUGAGCAUGCGCAAACCACACCAACCCUCUAGCGUUGACUUCCUGAAAACCCAGUUAAAUACACCUCUGUUGAGCGACUGGUUUCUCUUCCAGGCGCUGUUCGCUUCCCACAGAAGCACUCCAGAGAUUGGUGAUUUUGGUGUGCAGAUUAAAAAGACAUUCUCCUCAUUUAGUGAGCUCCCUCAGGAGUUUCCAGCCCAUCAUGUACACCUGCAGCCAGGACAGCCAUUUGGAGACGGACCACAUGGAAGCUGAUUAUUCCGCGAUGAACAGUCGCGUCAACUCCUUCAGGGGUUUCAGCCUAGCCCAGCAGUUGCCACCAGAAAGGCUGGCCCGGGCUGGUUUCUACUACACUGGCCAUUCUGACUGUGUGCGUUGUUUCAGCUGCGAGAAAACUGUGGAAAACUGGCGCGAGGAGGACACACCUGUACAGAGGCAUAAGGAGGUUUCUCCAACAUGCAGUUUCCUUAAAUGCAUAUAUCCUACCAGUUGUAAUUUGGGUCCCAGUACCACACCGAUAAAUGGCUCUGCCUACAAUGAAGAAGCAGAGGACAUGGAAUAUCGCUUGAGAACAGGAGAGGUGGUGGAUGAGGCCACCUACCCCCUGGUGCCUCACAUGAGGAGUGAGGAGGCCCGGUUGCAAACCUUCUCCUCUUGGCCGUCUACCUCCCCUGUAACACCUCAAGAUCUGGCCCAAGCCGGUCUCUUCUCACAAGGACAGGGUGACCAGGUGCGGUGUUUUUGCUGCGGUGGCAUACUGAAUGGCUGGGAAGAAGGGGACACUGCCUGGACAGAGCAUUCCCAACAUUUUCCAAACUGUUUUUUCGUACUUGGACACGAUGUGGGCAACGUUCCAUUGCAAGUGGCCAUGGAAGAGGAGGGCAGCAGUGGACAGCAAGGAACCACUCGUUCCUAUAUGGAAACGUUUGAAGAGAGGCUCGCCAGCUUUAGGGGAGUCCAGCAUCCUAUUGGCCACGAGCGACUUGCGACAGCUGGAUUCUACAGCCAAGGCUUGGGAGACAAGGUGUUGUGUUUCCGCUGUGGUGGAGGAUUGAAAGCCUGGCAGCCUGAUGAAGACCCUUGGGAAGAACAUGCCAAACACUAUCCUGGAUGCAGCUUCCUGAUAGCAGAGAAAGGACAAGAAUUUGUCAACAGCAUCCAGCUCCAAGGCCCAGGACGAAGCAGACCUACUGCCAGUCAUCAGAAUGGAUUUUCGUGUGGGAAUGAGUCCACCGUGACUCAAAUGGCCAUUGAAAUGGGUCUACAGCCUGAUGUGGUGGAGAAGGCCAUCUUGGAAAAGACGAGAAGGACUGGCACCGGCUACUCGAGCGCCGAAGAACUUUUGGACGAUGUCUUUAAAAACCCACUGGAAGAUGAGGACCCACUGAAGAAACUAUGGCAGCUGCAGAGGGAAAAACAGUGCAAAAUUUGUAUGGACAGAGAUUUCUGUAUCGUAUUCAUCCCAUGUGGACAUCUGGUCACAUGUGAGGAGUGUUCAAAGACAUUGAACAAGUGUCCGAUCUGCUGUGGACACAUAGAUCAGAAAGUCAAGACCUAUAUCGCCUAAAGGAAUCAUAAGCUCCUAUCUUUUUGAGUGCUGCUUUACCAUGGUUUUAAAUAGUUUUAAUAUAAAAUAUAGAUAGUCUAAUACAUUUAAAAUCAACAUUUGUAUGAUUUUUGAAAAAGGUGUAAAGAGAAUAAUAAUAUUUUUAUCAUAAUUGAUGUGAAUAGAUGUUAAUUAUUGAUGUUAUAGUUAACGUAAAUAAUUACAAAUGAGUACUGACACAUGUAUAAACACUACCUUCCAUUUUGCAAUUCCUUCCUGCUUGAAGUGCCUUUCUGUGGGUUAAUUUAGUACAAUGGACACUAGACAUGGGAUGUAAUUAUUUUCAUACAAAUAUCCAUUUCAUUCAUGUGGUUACUGCUUUGGGUUUUUGUCUUGUCAGUCUUGAUUAUUUUCUCAUGGUUUGCUGCUCCUUUAUUUGACAUUUACAAGGGUUAAUGGAUAAAUCUAUUAGCACUUUGGCUUCAAUGUGACAAAUGUAAUUUUGGGUCUGUAAUUAAUCAAUGUUUGAAAUUGUUUUACUGUUCUGUCAUCCAACGUUUUCAAUCAAAUCAAAACAUGUGGUAAUAAACUGAACAGUUUUA